UCGAGUGUCGCGUAAAUUUUGCGAAGUGCAAAAAUAGGCAACCGGCGCGGCGCAUGGAACGACGCGAAAUAAGGUCGGACAGUCAUUAUGAGUCGCGAUCUGGACACGGUGCAAUAUUCUGUUGCAUAACGCCAAUAUCACCGGCCAACAACGGACGAGCCGGGAAAACAUAAACAGAUCGGCACGACGCGACACGAGGCGACGCGUCGCGUGAGCGUCGAGUACGUGCGACCCGAGGAAAAACGUGACGCCUGGCAUGGACAACAGGAAAAGCGCUUAUUUUCGUAGCGAAGAGAGAAGGCUGCCGCUAUAAAUACACGCGCCGGCGAUAUGCACGCGCGCGCGCGCGCGUGCAUCUAGGCACGCCCAUUACUUUUAAUCGUUAAUUACUCAAAAACUGUAAGUAUCAGGACACUUUAAUUGAAACAUCAGCACUGGAUUGGCCAACAAAUUAAGGAAAUGGGUAAUUUGAUAGAUAUCAUUUCUGCAGAAAACAGAAAAGUUGCUCGUAAUAUUCGGGGCAAAAACUCAAAGAGAUGCGCGGGCCAAACUAGUAAACAUGUUGUUGCCAAUUGUGCAAAUUUACGCGACUUUACGAAGCUGGAUUUACGGUGGAAUUUAUUGCGAACGUGUAAAUAUCCCCACAUUGUGCACAGAAACAUUAUUGUUGCCAAAGUAACGCGAGAAUUUAAAGAAAAAAUUGAACAAUUAGACACUGAGAUGUCGAAAGCUCAAAAAUCGAGACAAUGUUACGUUUUAUAUUCACUUCGUUCUUCGUAUUUUCUUCUGCGCGAGAAUACGACAGUCAUUUGAUUUAUGGAAAAUUAUUGUCUUCUUUAUAGAAUUUGUAAAACUCAGUGUCGUAUAUUUUCACAAACAUACACACACAAUAGCAUAUCAAAAGAAACACUCAUAAAUUUAGUGUUUUUAUUGAGCAAAAUUACAUUUUCAUACAUUUAUUUCAUUAUCUAAGUAAUAAAUGUUAAUUGAGACAAA